GUCCCCCAAUUUCAACUUGAUCCCCCAAAUUUUAAUCCUAUGAUCCUUCCGGAGGGUGGAGACCCACCUGUAGCGGAUGUUAUAUGCCAGAAACUUAGUCAGUGGUUUGAUCCUCCCUCUUGUAAGGCCAUUAAAAUUAUUCCUAUUCCCCGUCAAAAUGUGGAGGAUAAAUUAAUUUGGCAUGAUACGGCGGAUGGAGUGUUCACGGUCAAGUCUACUUACCACUUAGCUGUGACUUUAGACAAGCGGCGAGAUGGUUGGAAGGCCACGGUUAGUUGGAUGGACAAAGCGAGUUGGAUCCGGUUGUGGAAUGCCAAUAUCCCACCAAAGCUAAAAGUCUUUGUCUGGCGGAUCCUUAAUCGAAUCUUACCAACGACUGAGGCCCUUAUAAGUAGACGAGUGCCAGUGCUCCCUAGAUGUCCAGUUUGCUGGGAGAGUCCGGAAACGAUGGAACAUUUGUUUCUUGAUUGCCCUGUGGCACGUGCUUUGUGGGAUUACUCAGGACUGGAGUACAUAGGGGAGGGUUUGGCCCGGCAUACAUUCCCUUUGUUUCUUAAAAAUGUGAUGGCCUUGAUCCACCAACCCCAGCUAUUCAUGGCAGUGGUUGCUAUCCUGUGGCAGAUUUGGCGCUCCCGGAAUUGGGUGGUUUUUGAAGGCAAACAGUUUGGGUUUCCUGCCUUGAUGCGCCAGUUCCACCAGCAGUAUGAGGAAUGGAUUCGGCUGCCGGUGGAUAAGGUUCUCCAAUCUCCGGCCCAGGUGGGGGGAUGUAGACGGCUAGGUGAGAUUGGGGGGGUCGUUUGUAUGUGGGAUGGGGCAAUUCGGCCAGAGUCGCAUUCGGCUGGUGGAAUUGUCCUGUUAUCCCCAGCUCGAGAGGUCCUGAUGGUCAAGGGCGUCCAGUUCCCUCUGUUGGGAGAUCCGAUGACGGUGGAGUUACUAGUCCUUAGGGAGGCAGUCUCAUGGUGUCUGGCGAAUGGUUUCACUAAUGUCCUAUUUGAAGGGGAUGCGAAGGUGAUCAUAGAUAAACUCAACCAAGGUGAUGUCAGAGACAAUAGGGUGGGUGCUGUUUUGGAAGAGGUUUUGCAACAUUUUCGCACCCACCCGGGUUUGAGGGUUCGAUUUGUAGGUCGGAGUAGUAAUAGGGUAGCCCAUAUGGUGGCUAGGAAAGCCCUCUCUUUGUACCCGAUCAUGAAUCGUGGAUUUAAUUAUCAGGGCUGGCUGAGUUCCAGGAUGUAACUAUCUUUUUUAUCUCAAUAUAAGAUUAUCUUUUGUAAAAAAAAAAGAUAGGGCAAGGGGGGAUUCCUUUUAACUAAAUAAGUCUCCUGAAAAUUAUCUUGCAUUCAUAUUGGAUAACCUGACUGAUCCUCAUUAACCUUCUCCUUCUCAGUUACUAAUUUUCAAUGUUUUCAUAAUCGUAUCGAAGAUAGAACAAGAAAGUGAUUCGCCAUUUAUCGGUUAAUCAUAUAUAAGUAUUAAUGAACCGGUAUAUAAAUAUUUGUACUCUAAAAAAAUAUAUAUUAGUUCUAAUAUAUUCCUGCCAAAUAAUUAUAGAAGUAUACACCUACCUUUUAAAAAAUGUUUAAUGACAAAAGGUUAAGGAAAUUUUAGCUUUGUAUGACCUGAUUAAAUGUAUAAAAUGACAUAAGGCCGGCUCCAACUCUACCAAGUCAAAAACAUAUUUUUCUUCUCCAAUCCACCCUCUUUUGGCCCUCCAAAAAUGGAGAAGGGCAAUUAAAAGUGGGCUUGGGAAUUUUGGUAUGGCUUGCGGGCCUAAUUGAAUAUCUAUAAACAGAGCUAUGGAGCUAGAGUUCAAAGGAGGAGGAGAUGAGAGGUCAAGGAUGGAUUGUUAGUCUAGCGACAUAGCAACCCUCCCGACUUAGAGUGAUGUCACCUUUGAGGGAGAAUCACCGGCAAAAUCGGCGCCAUUGAGCCCAUUUUCCCUGUUGUGGCCGCCAAUUCUUGUGUUGCCCUAGAGUCUUCGUUUCAAAAGAUGAACGUGCAGGAAAGCCUCCCCAUGGUUGGCUGAGUUUCUUAGUUGCGUAGGUAUGUGAACCCUAGGGGUUCUAACCAUGUAAACUCGAUGAUUUGGUUUAAUAUGAUUGUUCUAUUCAUAUGUGUCAUGUUUGAUUUCCUCUAUUUCAUUAUUUGUUGAUUCAAAUGAUUGCUUAGUCGGUCUUGGGCUCCAUCGAGGUGCAAGACCCAAAAUCCUAGUUGUUUAGGAUGGAUCAAGAAACAGCACUCCCACUCGAUCGAACCUCAUUCGAUCAAACAUUGUGAUGCCUCAAUGAAGGAAUUUGAAGGGUCUUUGUCGCCCAUUAGUUUGGGUAAAUGCUUCGACACAAAGUUGGAUCUAACGAAAUAAGAAAUCGGCAUCUCGUAUAAUCCGCUCAUCAAGGGCGCGUGGUUAGGAGACAUAGGGGGAACAUUGCCUAUGCAACGGUUUCCUUCUCUGCUCUCUCACUUCUCCAGUAGUGUAGAUCUUUUUGUAUUUGUUUUACCUUUCGAACACCUAAGUUCUGCAAAACCUAAGGAAUUCUUCAAUAGAAUCGUACCUCACUGCCGAAGUAAGAGUUUUGCGAGAGGCCUAGGGAUUGGUCUACACUACAUGACAAAUUAGCCCUCUUAAACAAAUUGGCCGACAGGAGAUUAUCCUCAACCAGACUAACACGCCAAGGCAAGGCAAAUGAACCUCCUGUACUAGUAUGGGUUCCCGUCAGGGUGGACCUAGGUGGUGGUUGGGGUGUCCCAAGACUCCCCUAAAGUUCUGGGGAAAAUUUUACGAACCCCAAUAAUAGUUUGAGUAUGAAAGAACUGAUUUUUUUAGUAGUUUAUGUGAUUCAAACCCAUGAUAAUAUAGUUACUAGUUAACAUGUUUUUCAUUAUACUAUAAUUUAUUUUUUAAUGUAAUUUUAACAUAAAUAUAAUUAUAAGCGUAUA